CACUAGGGAGUCGGUCCGCCAUUGUGGACCCGAGAAGCGGAGAGCGAGGGGGGAAGAGAGCGUGCAAACGGACUAGACGGGCGCCUUCCGCCAACAACUGAGUGCGAGUCCUUCGUUUUUGGUUUCUCAGCGAGCGGCGGCAGCGCGGCGGCUAGAACAAUCUCUCGGCUGAGGGCGGCAGCCAACUGCUGUGAGUGCAGGGGGAGAGGCCCAGGAGGCGGCGGCGGCGGCGGCGGCAGCAGCUCUCGGGUUGCGGUGAAGAAUGUCAGCCACUAGCGUGGAUCAGGUGAGGGAGCAGAGGCCCCCAGGCUUGGCGAAGGCCCGAGCCCCGGGGCUCCACCCUCGCGUGAGGCUUCGGCUCCUCCCCGCCGCCGCCGCCGGCCCCAUAACGGUGCUACGGGCGCAAGUUGCUGCGGUGCUGUCGCCUGGUCCGGGGCUUGCUCUGGCCCCGGGGCCUGCGGCGAGGCAGGCGGGCGCGGUGCCGUCGGGGAGCGGGGAAGGAUUGCUCCUAGGGGCCUUAAGGUGCAUCCUGAAGGCUGAAGACGUGGGGAUGAGCCCAGGCGACCUCCAGGAGAUGGGCCCCGAGUGAGACCUAAAGGGCAAGGAAAUAAAGUUUCAGUACAAAACGGUUCGAUUCAUCAGAAAGAUGCUGUAAAUGAUGAUGAUUUUGAGCCAUACUUAAGUAGCCAGACAAAUCAGAGUAACAGCUAUCCACCAAUGUCAGAUCCAUACAUGCCUAGUUACUAUGCUCCAUCCAUUGGAUUUCCAUAUUCUCUUGGGGAAGCAGCAUGGUCCACGGCUGGAGACCAACCCAUGCCGUAUCUGACAACUUAUGGACAAAUGAGUAAUGGUGAACAUCAUUAUAUACCAGAUGGUGUGUUUAGUCAACCUGGAGCAUUAGGAAAUACCCCUCCAUUUCUUGGUCAACAUGGAUUUAACUUUUUUCCUGGUAAUGCUGAUUUCUCUACAUGGGGGACAAGUGGAUCUCAGGGACAAUCAACACAAAGUUCUGCUUACAGUAGCAGUUAUGGCUAUCCACCUAGUUCUCUUGGGAGAGCUAUUACUGAUGGACAGGCUGGAUUUGGCAACGAUACUUUGAGUAAGGUGCCUGGCAUUAGCAGUAUUGAGCAAGGCAUGACUGGACUGAAAAUUGGUGGUGACCUGACAGCUGCAGUGACAAAAACUGUAGGUACAGCCUUGAGCAGCACCGGUAUGACUAGCAUUGCAACCAAUAGUGUGCCCCCAGUUAGCAGUGCAGCACCUAAACCAACCUCCUGGGCUGCCAUUGCCAGAAAGCCUGCCAAACCGCAACCGAAACUUAAACCCAAGGGCAAUGUGGGAAUUGGGGGUUCUGCUGUGCCACCACCACCUAUAAAACACAAUAUGAAUAUUGGAACUUGGGAUGAAAAGGGGUCAGUGGUAAAGGCUCCACCAGCCCAACCAGUUCUGCCUCCUCAAACUAUAAUCCAGCAGCCUCAGCCAUUAAUUCAACCACCACCAUUGGUGCAAAGCCAACUGCCUCAACAGCAGCCUCAGCCACCACAACCACAGCAGCAACAAGGACCUCAGCCACAGGCCCAGCCUCAUCAAGUGCAGCCCCAACAGCAGCAGCUGCAGAAUCGCUGGGUAGCUCCUCGAAACAGGGGAGCAGGCUUCAACCAGAACAAUGGAGUGGGAAGUGAAAACUUUGGUUUAGGUGGUGUUACUGUCAGCGCUUCACCUUCUAGUGUAGAAGUGCAUCCAGUACUGGAAAAGCUAAAGGCCAUAAACAACUAUAAUCCCAAAGACUUUGAUUGGAACCUGAAGAAUGGGCGUGUGUUUAUAAUCAAAAGCUAUUCUGAAGAUGACAUACAUCGCUCCAUUAAGUACUCUAUCUGGUGUAGUACUGAGCAUGGGAAUAAGCGUUUGGAUGCAGCUUACCGUUCCCUGAAUGGGAAAGGCCCACUCUAUUUACUCUUCAGUGUGAAUGGUAGUGGACAUUUUUGUGGAGUGGCUGAGAUGAAGUCUGUUGUGGACUAUAAUGCAUAUGCUGGUGUCUGGUCUCAGGAUAAGUGGAAGGGCAAAUUUGAAGUUAAGUGGAUCUUUGUCAAAGAUGUUCCCAAUAACCAAUUGCGGCAUAUUCGUUUAGAAAACAAUGACAACAAACCAGUUACCAAUUCAAGGGACACUCAAGAGGUACCCCUAGAAAAAGCUAAGCAAGUGCUUAAAAUAAUUGCCACUUUCAAGCAUACCACCUCAAUUUUUGAUGACUUUGCACAUUAUGAAAAGCGUCAAGAAGAGGAGGAAGCCAUGCGUAGGGAGAGAAAUAGAAACAAACAAUAACCGAAUGGAGAUAUCCUUUUAGAAUUACAACACUAAUGAUGUAGACUCUGGAAAUGCCUAAUACGUCAAGGAAGACGUUAUUAAGGAAGACGUUAUUAAGGAAGACGUUAUUAAAGCUUUUUUUCUGCUUAAGGUGACAUCUUUGAACACUUUAACACAGAAUUGACUCUUCUUGUAAUGGUUUUCAUCAGCGCAUCUGCCCUUAUAUUCUCACCAAACACACUUGAGAACUGUAACUUCAUCAAGCACUUUCUGUCCUGAAGCUUUUACCAGUAUCUGCUGUCUUUUGUAAUUAUGCAUCCUAGCUAAGGCACAGAAGACUGAAUGAAUGCAAGGAUUCAUUAACUCUUUGAAUUUGUUAAAUACUAACAGUUAACCAUUAGAAGUGGUUCAAUGAUGUAAGAGUCACACUGCUUCAACUUUUUCUUUGUUGUAGUUUUUAAAUUGUCAGUUUUUAGCUAUUUGAGAGAAUAAAAGCAAAAUAAUCAUGCCAUAUUUAGUCCUGGAGUUCAAGUCUAAAUGUUUAUGUGAAAAAUUAUUGUAGUAAACUUUUAAUAUGGCAAAGCAACCUUAAGCUCUAUUUUAGCCAAAUGAAACAUAAUCUGAAAUUAUAUUAGAACGUUUCCCUUGUCUUCAAACUGUUUGGUGUAACAGAAUAUUGAUAUGCAGCUUGGUGAAUUUCACCAGUUAAUGCACAUUCUUCUCCUUUCCUUCCCCCAAUGAAAUGUAUACUGAAAAAUGUGCAUUUGUCUGAGGAAUUAUUUUGUUUGCUUUACCACUUAAUGAAUCUCAAAAUUUUGAGUAAAUGUACCUCAGUCUAAUCAGACUUUUUAUGACCUUUAUAACUACAUUUAAAACCCUUAAUUCCUAUUUCUGGGUGUUUGCAAGCCUGAUUGCUAUCAUGAAGUAAAAAUUUAUUACUCUAGGUAUUCACUAGCUAAAUAAACAUAGUUCUUGUUUAGUAAGCAUAUACUGUUCCUCAACUUUUUUCUCCAGCUUUUGCAGUGUCCUGGCAUCCUUAAAAUACUUUGAAAAUAUGGCCUUGAUCCAUGGUUUAAAUCAGUAUCUAAGUGAAUGUGUUGAUGUUUAUUGAUCAGAGCUAUAUAAGUGGGAAUACAGCAUAUAUCUGGGUAUUCUUAUAGUUAUCUUUUUGACAUCUUAUUUUUUCUCAUUAAUUACAUAUCAACAUUAAUUUUAUAUCUUGAAACAAAUUAAUUUUAUAUAAUUAAAUAUGUCAAACAUCUGUAUUAACUGAUUUGAUGGAAUAUGGUUAUAAAGAAAAUGUACUACCCCUUAUAUUCCUGUUCUAAAAGAAGAAAGCUGUGUAGAAGGAAGAUAUGUUAAGGGUGAAAAUAGCAAUACAGUUGAUUUGAAUACCUUGAUAUUUGGCAUUACUCUGUUUACAUUAUGUUUAGAAACGUUCUCAUUUACUGUGUUCUUUGGUUACUUCAAUUCAUAAACUUAGUGACAGAUAUUUCUUGGAGGUUUUCAUUUAUAGAAGUUUUUUCUACAAUUUUUUUCCUAAAAUGUACAAAUACUGUAUUAAGUGAAAAAAUUACAGUAUUUGUAGAUAACUGUAGCUACGUCACAAUUCUUUGGUAGUCCCAGUGUAGUCAUAUCAGUGUUUACUGAAGGUAACAUCAAAAUAUUAAUAGUAUAUUACAAAAUAAAGAUUUUCUUAAAGGAAAA